CGUGGAACCAAAAGUGCCAAUGGUGCCACCUGAGAGCCAGACAUCGGCUGUGCCCCCAUUUGGCGUCAGCUCCCAGGCUGGGACCCUGCCGGUGGAGAUCCUGCAGCGCCCAUCCCUGCAAUGUGGGCUGAUAAAUUCAGAUUUUUUUUUUCUCUGUAUGAACAUAAAGAACUUUUCUUCGUUACAGCUGUCUCCUUCCACUUGAGCAAACGCUAAACUGAAAUACACUGAACCUUUCUGUCUGAAAUGCUCCUGAGGGCGAAGCAGGCAAACGCAGCAGGGAAGCAAGAGUGCUGCGUGCAUGCAGCCAUUAUUGGGAAGAAAGCUUUCUGCUCGUUUCCCUCUGUGACCAGCUCUUCAUUUUAAAGACUAACUACUUCCUUCCCCUCCUCUCCCCCUAGAAGAAAUGUUUUCUCCCCAUUUCUUUUAACGGCUAAGCAAUGCAGUAGCAGAGGUAUUGAAACUCAGUCUGCUGAAUAAUAACUUAAUGAUGUGAACCCUGUUCUGUUCCUUUUGAAUGGAUGGCUGCUUCAGCAAGGAAGCUGCUGGGAUCUGCUCCCUGCUGCGUGGGAUGUGAGGAUGAAGAAACUGGACUGAAGUUGAAUGGCAACCACGGUGGUACAAAACUGAACCAAAAUACAAGAGUGAAAAUUGGGAAAACCUUGGAAUACAUGCGAGUACCAGAUUCUGCACUGGCUAAAGCUGACUGGAAAGCCAUGGCUUCUGCCCCUCAGCUCAACUCGGACGCACUCCGAGAGGUCCUGGAGUGCCCCAUUUGCAUGGAGUCCUUUACUGAGGAGCACCUGAGACCCAAGCUCUUACACUGUGGGCACACCAUCUGCAAACAGUGCUUGGAGAAGCUCCUAGCAACCAGCAUUAACGGGAUUCGCUGCCCUUUUUGCAGCAAAAUCACUCGGAUCAAAACCUUAGCUCAGCUGACUGACAAUCUUACUGUACUGAAGAUCAUAGACACCACAGGGCUGGGGGAAGUGGUUGGUCUCCUCAUGUGCAAAGUCUGUGGGAGAAGGUUGCCAAGACACUUUUGCAAGAGUUGUGGCUUGGUUUUAUGUGAGCCGUGCAAGGAGACAUCACACAUGCCCCAAGGGCAUAAUGUCAUUGCUAUCAAAGAGGCUGCUGAAGAGCGUAGGAGGGAAUUUGGGACAAGGCUUGCCAGACUUCGGGAGCUCAUGGAUGAUCUGCAGAAAAGAAAAGCAUCUCUGGAAGGUGUUUCUAGUGACCUGCAAUCUAGAUACAGAGCAGUUCUGCAAGAUUACAGCAAAGAAGAGCGCAAGAUCCAGGAAGAACUGGCCAGGUCACGCAAGUUCUUCACCACUUCUUUGUCUGAAGUGGAGAAGGUAAAUAAUCAGGUAAUGGAGGAACAAGCUUAUCUGCUGAACUUAGCAGAAGUGCAGAUAUUGUCUCGCUGUGAUUAUUUCCUUGCCAAAAUAAAGCAAGGAGAUAUAGCUCUCUUGGAAGAUGCAGCAGACGAGGAAGAACCAGAACUAACAAACAAUCUCCCAGGGGAGCUGAUCCUUCACGAGGUUGAACUCCUUAAAGUGAGCCAUGUGGGACCACUGCAGAUUGGGCAGGUGGUGAAGAAACCCCGGACUGUUAACUUGGAAGAAUCGCUUAUGGAAACUGCAGCAUCCUCAUCGGCAUCAUUUAGAGAGCCUGACUUGGUGCAAGAAGAAGCCAGCUGCACGCCGAAUUCCUCCCCAGCCAAGCCGAGGAUGCCCGAAGCAGCUGCAAGCAUCCAGCAGUGUUACUUCAUCAAGAAGAUGGGCUCCAAGGGCAGCCUGCCAGGGAUGUUCAAUCUGCCUGUCAGCCUGUACGUCACUCUCCAAGGAGAGGUGCUUGUGGCAGACCGAGGCAAUUUUCGAAUCCAGGUUUUCACCCGCAAGGGCUUCCUGAAGGAGAUCCGCCGGAGCCCUAGCGGAAUCGAUAGCUUUGUACUGAGCUUCCUUGGAGCAGACUUGCCCAAUCUGACUCCCCUUUCUGUCACCAUGAAUUGCCAUGGCCUGAUAGGUGUGACCGACAGCUACGAUAACUCUGUCAAGGUGUACACCAUGGAUGGGCACUGUGUGGCAUGUCACAGGAGCCAGCUAAGCAAGCCCUGGGGCAUUGCAGCUCUGCCCUCUGGACAGUUCGUGGUGACUGAUGUGGAAGGGGGGAAGCUGUGGUGCUUCACCGUGGACCGCGGCGUGGGGGUGGUGAAAUACACCUGCUUGUGUAGUGCAGUGCGCCCCAAGUUUGUCACUUGUGAUGCUGAAGGGACCAUAUACUUCACUCAGGGGCUGGGGCUCAACUUGGAAAACAGGCAGUACGAACACCACUUGGAAGGAGGCUUUUCAAUCGGCUCUGUUGGCCCGGACGGGCAGCUGGGACGCCAGAUUAGCCAUUUCUUCUCUGAGAACGAGGAUUUCAGGUGCAUUGCUGGGAUGUGUGUAGAUGCCAGGGGAGACCUCAUCGUUGCUGACAGCAGCCGUAAGGAAAUCCUGCAUUUUCCUAAAGGAGGUGGCUAUAAUAUCUUAAUCCGGGAAGGACUCACCUGCCCGGUUGGUAUUGCCAUUACUCCCAAAGGACAGCUGUUGGUGCUGGACUGUUGGGAUCAUUGCAUUAAGAUCUACAGUUACCAUCUGAGAAGAUAUUCCACCCCUUAACGGCAUUUCUCUGGGGAAAGCCCCUGUCACUAGCAGCAGUUCUUCCAGCCUCACUGCAAUCUGACAGGAACCACUGAGAAAACUGCACCACAGCCCAACGGGGUUUGGCACGGAAACCAUCACAUAUUUUGUUUAGGAACAAAAUAACCACCGUGGUGGCGGUCUGCAUUUUCUCAUUCUGAAUCUGUACAAUAGAAUAGAAGAGCAUGAAGGAAGAGAUCCUUCUGGAAUAUUGGUUUUUUGCUAAAAUGACCAGUCGCUCCUUAACCCUUCUCACCUCCUUAUUCUGCAUUGACUACGUCUUCAACCACUGUACCUUUCUUUGUGCCAUAAACACUGACUGACUGCCCUAAAUCUCCUUCCUUUAGGGGACUAGAGAGGCAAUCCUCUCUUGCCAUAGUACUCGCGAGGAACUCAGUAGCAGUUGUCUGGGCAACUAGUACAGAAAGCAAUUUCUGAUUGCAGCACUGCAUAAAACAAAAUAGCCCUCCUAAACUGCACCGAGAUGGAGCUUUACUUCCAAACUGAGGGUUUUCUCUCUCCGUUUUUCUGGUGUUCAGGAGAUCGCCCCUGUCAUGCCAUUUGUGAACCGUGUCUGUUCAAUGUGAAGUGAGUACAGUGCAAUCAUGGGAGACCGAGCUGAGCCAGAAAACUGCCCUCUGAUGGCAACAGGGUUAUCAUUACUGCUAAGAAUUCUGCU